AAUUUAUCUGGGAGUCUUCCGUUGGCCACUCGACCAUUUUUCGUCGUGACACGCGCAAUGGAUAAAGAGCCAUCUUGUUCGAGAAGCCGACGUGGCGGCCGGCUUGCCAACAAGUUCUAUCGCUGGAAUUAUGAAUCCUACAUGGAUACUUUUGCUCAUUGCUGCUGCAGCAAGCAUAUCAGCUGCAGACGUGCCAUCUUCAACAAAUUCAUAUUUAACAGUGGCUGAUAAGCUUCGUUUAAAAAAAGUCUUAGAACCUGGACAUAAAUUGUUAGAUUUAGCCCAAACUCAUUAUGCAGUUCUUGGAUAUAAACUCUUGAAUGAACCUAUUACAAAGAUUGGUGAAACUUGUGAGUUUUUGAUAAAAUCUGCUGGAGAUUCUGUAUUAACAACAGAGCAGAUAUAUUACCUGGCUACUACAUGGAAAACUCUUGAAAAAUGUCAACCCAAAUCAAUCCCAUUGUCCUCUUUUACAAAGACAUUGACAGCUGUAAUAGAUAAAGAAAGUUCUACUAUUCCCGAGCUAUAUUAUGCAGUUACUGCUUUAGUAUCAUUUGGUCAAAAAGUUUCAGAUGCUUCUGCAACAAAGUUGAUGAAAAAUUUACAAGCUUCUCUGAAGAAAGAUGAUAAUUUAUUGAAUUUAGGUUACAUAUUUCAUAUUGCUGCUGACUUAGGGCCUGCUGGAAGUUUUGCACUGAAUCAAAUUGAUGAUGCUAUUGUUCAAGCUGAUGAAGUAAAUGGACGAUUUUUGCAAUUUGAAGGAGGGCUAUCUAUUACAAGUUUAAUUGUCAAUGGAAUUUACAGACUUUCAUCAGCAUUAAAGAAAAAACCAACUAUAUCAUCUCAACAGAUUGUUAAAUUAGCCAAUUAUUUCUUAUCACGUAGAUCUGUUCAGACACCUAAAGGCGUUGUUAAUCUACUUUCUUCGAUUCAUACAUUAGCUACAAAUGAAUUUGAAAAACCAAUUUGCAUAACUUUAUCUGAAGAUGGAGUAGUAAUUUCUACUAAGCAACCUUUAGUACGAAUUAAAGUUUGUGAUAUUCUUGGGAAUCCCUUACCAUCUGUAACUAAUGUUAUAGCUAAUACUGCGACAAAAGUUAGCGAUGAUGUAGUUGUCAUUAGUAAAAAAAAUUUCCAAUCUACUCCGAAUGAUAAAACUUUAUUCACAUUGAAUUUUAUGGCUACAUCACCAGAGCCAGGAUUUUAUAAAAUAGCAGUGUCUGCCGGCUCAGUCGUUAAUACAGUAAGUGUUAAAGUACUUACUGAAGUUAAAGUUGAUUACUUAGAAAUAGGAACUGCUGAUGCUGAUCAAACCACUCAACCAAAAUUAGUCAAAGUUACUCAUCCACAAAAGCUUGGCCAAAAAAUUGAAGCAGAUUCUCAGCAAAAACUUGUUAUCCGAUUUUUGUUGAAAGACGCUGUUAAGAAUAAGCCAUUAAAAGUACAUCAAGCAUUUGUUCGUCUUUCAUCCAUUGUCUCCAAAGAAAAUGAUAAACAGGAAAUUAUUUUUGUAGCUGAAUCUGAUGCCUCCAACGUUUACAAAUUUGAUAUGCCUGUUGGAAGCGAAGCAAAAAACUUUAAUUAUCAAAGCACUGAUUACAAUAUCGAAUUGAUCGUUGGUGAUGCAAUUUUGAGCAAUUCUUUUCAGUGGACUGUAGCAACAAUUGGUUUGAAAUUCCCAGAGACAGCAGCUUCUGAAGUUGCUGAAAAAUCAACUUACAGACAAAAACCUAAUGUGUAUUCACCAAAGCCUGAAAUUAAACAUUUGUUCCGUGAGCCUGAAAAACGACCAUCAGCAUUAGUCUCAAACUUUUUUACCGCUUUAUGUGCAUCGCCCAUUCUUGUCCUGUUAAUUUUAUGGGCUAAAUUAGGCAUUAAUAUAUCGAAUUUCCCAUUUUCGUUAAGUGCUAUUAUAUUCCAUCUUGGAUUGGGAGGUAUAUUUGUACUGUUUGGCAUGUUCUGGUUGAAACUGAAUAUGUUUAUCACUUUAAGAUACCUUCUUGGGCUUGGAUUGGUUACUUUCUUGGCUGGUAAUAAACUAUUGUCACGAAUAGCUCACAACAGAAAGGGAGCCCGCUAAUUUGGCACAUGAAUUUCACGCGUAGACUGAUCCAUUGAGUUACAGGUAGUAAAAUGUGCCCAUGUAAUGUGAUACUCAGCAUAAAAUCGUAUCGGACAUAAGUAUUGUAUUCUGAAACCAAAAUCUUUAGACGGCAAAACUUUUAUGAUGAUAAUUUCAAUGAAAAUGUAAUUCGCUGCAUAAUGCAUGUGAAUAAAAUAUGUAAAAUGAAAUGCUGCCUGAUGACAGUAUCGUUAUAAAAAAGCACUUUCUUUAUUUUUGCGCAGCAAACUAAGUUGUAUACUUAACUUUUUCAUGAAAGUACGUGUAAAUUACGAUAUAAUGUCGGUGUGUGUUAUAAACAUUUUCGUACUCAUGAUUAUUUCUAAAUAAGAUUAAAGAUUGAGUGUUGCAAUAACGAGACAUUCCUACGAAAGAAAACUCGAUUUUCUGGCAUCGCUAUUUCUAAAUGGGACUGAUGUCAAUUUAUGAUUUUUUAUGUACAGAUUUUAAAUAUAUAA